CACACAUUCACACCCACACAACUGAAUGCUGCUACUACUGCUACCGCAGCAACAGCUUCGCGGCGGCAGCGAUCGGUCACCGGACUCAGGCGUAUCAUAAUCCGUUGCCAUCGUGCACCUGGUACGAAUUUGUUCAAUAUCUGAGUGAAACCUAAAGAAAUCAACUCAAAAUGACUGCAGUAAAGGGCUCCGGAGAUGGAAGUAGAGUUCAUUCCAACGCUUUUAAGGAUAAAAGCAAACCUGCCGACAUUCGAGCCAGCAACAUCCAAGCGGGGAAAGCUGUUGCUGAUGCUAUCCGUACCAGUUUGGGUCCACGUGGAAUGGACAAAAUGAUUCAGUCAGCCAAUGGUGAAGUGACCAUCACUAAUGAUGGUGCCACCAUUUUGAAGCAAAUGAAUGUUGUCCACCCAGCUGCCAAAAUGCUGGUUGAGCUGUCAAAGGCUCAAGACAUUGAGGCAGGUGAUGGCACUACGUCUGUUUGUGUUGUUGCUGGAGCCCUUCUGGAGGCAGCAGAAAAAAUGCUUCAAAAGGGUAUUCAUCCAACUGCAAUCUCUGAUGCCUUUCAAAGGGCAGCUACAAAGUCUGUUGAGAUUAUUAGAGGAAUGUCUGUACCAGUGAAUCUCACUGAUAGGGAAUCUCUUGUAAAAUCAGCCUCCACUUCUCUCAAUUCUAAGGUAGUUGCACAGCAGUCAAGUCUACUUGCUCCGAUUGCAGUUGAUGCUGUUCUGAAGGUGGUAGACCCACAGAAACCAUCGUCAGUUGACUUAAAAGACAUCAAAGUCAUUGAAAAACUAGGAGGAACUGUUGAAGAUACAGAAUUAAUUGAAGGUUUGGUGUUCACUCAAAAGUCUGCUGGUGUGAAUGGCCCAAAGAAGGUUGAAAAGGCCAAAAUUGGUCUUAUUCAGUUUUGUAUCUCCCCACCCAAGACAGAUAUGGACCAUAAUGUUAUUGUGUCAGAUUAUGCUGCCAUGGACAGAGUUUUGAAAGAGGAACGAGCUUACAUCCUGAACAUUGUCAAACAGAUUAAAAAGACAGGAUGCAAUGUUCUGCUUAUUCAAAAAUCAAUCCUCAGAGAUGCAGUGUCUGAUCUUGCCCUACAUUUCUUGGACAAAAUCAAAGUUAUGGUUAUUAAAGACAUUGAACGUGAAGACAUUGAAUUUGUCAGCAAGACCUUAGGAUGCAGACCAAUUGCUAGUUUGGAUCACUUCUUGCCUGAAAAUCUGGUUAAUGCUGAGUUGUGUGAAGAGAUGAUGACUGGUACAGGCAAAUUUGUCAAGGUUACUGGUAUCCAGAAUAUGGGACGAACUAUGACAGUUCUUGUUAGAGGAUCCAACAAACUCGUCUUGGAAGAGGCUGGCCGUUCCCUGCAUGAUGCACUCUGUGUGAUUCGCUGCCUGGUUAAGGAGAAGGCCCUUAUUGCUGGUGGGGGUGCCCCGGAAACUGAAGUAGCUAUCAAGUUGACCCAAUAUGCUCAGACAGUAACUGGUGUAGAUGCGUACUGUUUCAGGGCAUAUGCUAAUGCUCUCGAAGUAAUACCUGCAACACUUGCUGAAAAUGCAGGCUUAAAUCCCAUUGCAACUGUUACUGAACUAAGAAAUCGCCAUGCUGAAGGUGAAACAACUGCAGGGAUUAAUGUUAGGAAGGGGGCUAUUACUAACAUCUUGGAAGAAAAUGUGGUCCAACCUCUUCUUGUGACGACCAGCAUCAUCAACUUUGCAACUGAAACUGUUAGGAGCAUUCUCAAGAUUGAUGAUAUUGUUAACACUGUUCAGUAAAACAUUGAAAAAUAUUUUACUUAAUGAAAUAAACAUCAAGCUUUUGCCCAGUGCCGCUUUCAUCAGAUAGUAUUAAUGUCUAUGAUUUAAUAAUUUCUAUUUAUACAUGCUUGCUCAUAACACCCACUUGAACAUCUUUUAAAUUUUAGAUUUUAUGAGAGUGUCAUUUGCACUAUUAACCAAUUCUAUUGUUCAUUGUUGCUUAUCAUCGGAAAAAUUAUUUUUCACCAGCAUUUAUUUAAUAAAGUACCUAAACAUUA